UGUAUCACUCUUAUCCUCUUCCACAAACACCACUUUGCUAUCUUUUAACUCAAAUUUACACAAACCAAUGGCUCCAACACUUGCUGAUCCAUUCAAUGAUUCUUCUGCUCUCAUUGACUUUGUUAUUAACCAAGGGAAUGGAGUGAAGGGUUUGUCCGAACUGGGUCUUAAAGCCCUCCCUAAGCAGUAUGUCCAACCUUUGGAAGAGAGGAUGUGCAUGACCAAUAUUGUACCCCAAGGGUCAAUUCCCAUCAUUGAUAUGUCAAACUGGGAAGAUCCCAACUUAGCGAAAUCAAUUUGUGAUGCUGCGUCGGAAUGGGGCUUCUUCCAAAUUGUUAAUCAUGAUGUGCCUGUUGAAGUGUUGGAGAAUGUUAAAGAUGCUACUUAUAACUUCUUUAGAUUGCCAGCUGAGGUUAAAAAUAAGUAUUCCAAGGAACAUUCAUCUUCAAACAAUGUGAGGUUUGGUACAAGUUUUACCCCUCAAGCAGAAAAGGCUCUCGAGUGGAAAGAUUAUCUCAGCUUGUUUUAUGUCUCUGAAGAAGAAGCUUCUGCACUAUGGCCUUCUGUCUGUAGGGAGCAAGUGUUAGAUUACAUGAAGAAGUCCAAAGUUGUCAUUAAACAACUAUUACAGGUGCUAAUGAAGGGUCUAAAUGUCAAUGAGAUUGAUGAGGCAAAAGAAUCAUUAUUGAUGGGUUCAAUGAGGACUAACCUUAACUACUAUCCUAAAUGUCCAAACCCUGAACUCACUGUCGGAGUAGGUCGUCACUCUGAUGUCUCAACUCUUACAAUUCUUCUUCAAGAUGAGAUUGGGGGACUUUUCGUAAGAGGAAACAAGGGAGAUGAUUGGAUUCAUGUUCCUCCAAUUAAAGGUUCUCUUGUGAUCAAUGUUGGAGAUGCACUACAAAUAAUGAGCAAUGGAAGGUAUAGGAGUGUUGAACAUCGUGUGGUCGCCAAUGGAAGUAAGAACAGAAUUUCAGUCCCUAUUUUUGUGAAUCCAAGACCUGUUGAUAUGAUAGGACCAUUGCCUGAACUGGUCGCAAAUGGUGAGAAACCAAUUUACAAACAAGUUCUUUAUUCAGAUUACGUCAAACAUUUCUUUCGUAAAGCACAUGACGGGAAGAAAACAGUUGAAUUUGCUGAAUUAUAAACAUCUCCUAUUUCUUUUAUCUAAUCUAGUGAAGCUCUUGAUUUUGUAAUGAAAAAUGACUAAGAUAAAUAAUAUGUAUGGAACUGGCCGUUGUCUAAGAAAAUGUGUAGUAGUAUAAGAUAAUAAAAUCAUUCAUUGAUUUUGAAAUAAUAAAAAAUGUCUUAAUCUUUCUUUUUAUUCAAUUUCUA